UCUCGAUCAACCAGACACUUGUUGUGCCCAUAAAAUACGCCAAGCGUCUGUUUCACCGGGAUUGGUAUUACCAAGGCGAUAACAGCAAGAUGGCAGACAAACCUAAACAUCACCCUCCCCAUGGGAUGGAACCAUAUGAUUUAUCCAGGCAGGAUGAUCUUGGUGCCCUAUCACAGGAACAGCAGGACAAACUUAACAAAUUCAAGACACAAACAAGACUUGAAAAUGAAAAAUACUUACGGAACCAUCCAGAAGUUGAAUGUCUGAUUGCAGGGUUUCUUGGUGAUGUUUUACGAAACCGUCCAGAUAACAUUAAAGACUUUGCGGCAGGUUAUUUCACAGAUGAUAAACUACCUGAUGUGUUGGAAAACCAACUACAAGACAGACAACACAAGUUCAAACAAAACAGAGUUUUGCAAAAACUUUGAAAUGACUCAAUUCUUUUGUUCCCUCAAAUUGUUAAAUGUAUGUGGCUACAGUGAUGUUUUAAUUGUAAUCAGUGUGUCAGUAUUUUUGACUGUUGUUAAAAUUGAACAAACAUUAUUCAUUUGACCUUUAUAAAUUAAAAUUUUACUGCUUUCAAAAUAUUGUCGUCAAAAAUAUUUCUACUUUGAAUUAUUAAUCAUAUGAAAAAUUCCACUUUCAGAAAAUAAUCAAGCUGUUUAGAAAGCUUCAAUAUUAAGAAAUAUGAAAUAACUUAUCUUUCAUUGUUGAUAUUUAUGUUACACAAUUGAUCUUGUUCUAUUUCUAUAUAUUCAACGUUUUUUACGUGAAUUUUUUGUCUCAUGCGGGUGAGUUGGCACCCCUGAAAAUUUUCGUGGGUAUACUUAAGGUAGAUUUUGUUAUGUGAUAUUUGUUAUCUUGAUGUGUUAAUUUGUUAUGCGAAAAAGAUAUUUAACCAAUAAUAUAUAUUACAAUAAUAUAUACACAAUAUCCUUGUUUCUAUAAAGUUUAGUUCCUUACGCUCAAGGUUGAAGACUGAUGACAAAUGUAUAUCCUUUGAAAGUUUUUCACUGGUAAUUUGAAAUUUGGUUUUAAUACUUAUUUCAUUUGUAUAAAUAUUUUGAUCUAAACACAACAAAUACUUUCAAAUUUGUCACUGGUUUAAAGAAUAACAUGUUGUUAUAUAGCCUGUACGUUUUAUAUGAAAAUUAAUGACAUGAAAGUGAGAGCUGUAUAAGAACAUAUGGUUGUUACCUAACAUAAAAGUAUCAUUAUCAUACAUCAUUCAAUUUCUGCGAGACUUUUAAGUUACUGAUUCUACUUUCAUAAUAUCAGUUUAAAAAUACAGAUAUCACAGUCCAGCAGAAAUCUAUAUAUUAUGAACCCUGUUCUAGAUUUCAACGUUACGAUGUAAAUUGCGAUCUGUAAACUGUAUGUCUGUACGGAAGGCAUCUGAUAUACAAAUAUUUUCCCUCCAAUGUUGAUGUUGUCAUUCUGUAUGUGAUGUAAAAACAAAUACUUCACUUAGAACAUUGACCAUAUUUGAAAUAAUAAAUGUUAUUCAUCAUUA